AUGCUGACCCUGGAUCCGGAUGCUAUAGAGCCUCCCGUCAAGGAAAAGGGAAAAGAAGUCUCGGAUGUUUCUCAAACAACAGAGAAGGAAAAGACAACGGAGGGUACACUUGAAAACUGUAAAACAGCCACUGCAACACAAGACUGCAUCACGCCCACUGCCACAACCACCAUCAACAGCGACCCGGCAACAAACCUCAUCACUGCCCCAGAGCUGCAGUCCUCCUCAACCCCACCGGACGUGUCAGACCGGAGAACGAAGCGGGCCACAUGGGCGAUCCUCUUCCUGUCCUUCUUCAUUGCAGACGUCUCGGCGGGUCUGGGCCCGUUCUUGGGUGUUUUCCUGCAGGAGCACGGCUGGGGCCCGGGGCUUAUUGGCACCGUAUCGACGACGGGCGGCGUCGUGGCCAUGUUAUUGACAGCGCCGAUGGGAGCACUGAUUGACGCCACGACUUAUAAGCGGUCGCUGGCUGCGGCGUCUACAAUAAUCUGCAUGGGGGCCAAUGUGCUGAUAUUUCUCUCCCCGUCCGCCACGGAGCUCGUGUUUGUUGCGCAAAUCAUUGUUGCCGCCGCCGGAGUGGCCUUGAUGCCCGUCAUGGUGGCGUUGACGCUCGGAGUGGCGCGCCAGAAGGGGUUUCACACCCUGAACGGCCGCGUACAGGCCGUGAAUCACGCAGGUAACAUGGCAGAGGCCGGUCUUGGAGCCAUCCUAGGUUCCAGAUUCGGGAUGGGCGCCGUUUUCUACCUCUCAUGGGCGUUUGGUCUCGUGACACUGGUGUCCAUCGCCCUCAUUCCGGCCGGCGCCGUGGAUCACCAGGCGGCUAGGGGGUUGGAGAAAACCAACGCGGGAAGGGGUGGCCAGGCGGCCGCGACCGACCAGCAGGAUCAUCAGUCGCAGCCGCAGACGCACCCGCACCCGCAAGAGCUAGGAGAAGAGCACGCAAAGGCGUGGAAGAUGCUGAUUCAGUGCAAGGAGCUGCUCGUGCUAGGCGCGGCACUGCUGGCAUUUCACCUGGGCAACGCAGCAGUGCUGCCGCUUUACGGGCAGGCCGUGGUGGCCGCGCACAAGGCAGAGCCGGCAUCAUUCACAGGCGUCACCGUGGUGGUGGCCCAGGGAACCAUGGUGAUCAUGUCUCUUGCCGCGUCGCGGCUCGCCGUCCUCCAUGGGGUUGGAUACUGGCCCAUCAUUCUGGUGUCCUUUUGCUCGCUGCCGGUGCGCACCGUGCUAGCGGGCACCUUCAUAGAGUCGUGGGGCGUGUGGCCCGUCCAGGUGCUGGAUGGCAUCGGGGCCGGGUUGCAGAGCGUCGCCACCCCAGGGAGCGUUGCGCAGGUGUUGAGUCACUCUGGGAGGGUGAACGUCGGACUGGGCGCCGUGAUGACCUGUCAGGGGGUCGGGGCGUCGCUGUCCCCUGUGCUGGCUGGCUGGAUUGCGCAAGAGAAGGGGUAUAACAUUUCCUUAUAUGUUAUGGGUGUCUUCCCCAUGGUGUCUAUUGCGCUCUGGGUUGGAUUUAUAAAGAUCCUGAGGAAGCCCAACUUGCAGUCGGAGCAAGAAUCGGAGUAA